AUGGCUGGCGAAGGAAAAAGUUUUUAUCGUGAUCGAGAUGAUUGGAAAGAUAUCACCCCUCUGCCGCAGGAUGAUGGACCUAAUCCGGUUGUUAGAAUAGCCUAUUCGGAUAAAUUUAAAGAUGUUUAUGAUUACCUUCGAGCUCUUCUCCAAAAAGAUGAAAGAAGUGAGCGGGCAUAUCAGCUGACCACGGAUGCUUUGGCACUGAACGCUGCCAACUACACAGCUUGGCAUUAUAGGCGAAUGCUACUCCAGGACUUGAAAAAAGACCUCAAUGAGGAGCUGGAGUACAUUUCAGAAAUAAUCCUGGAACAUCAGAAAAAUUAUCAAGUUUGGCAUCAUCGCCGCAUGAUCGUUGACUGGUUGAAGGAUCCUUCAGAGGAACUUGAUUUCACCGAUGACGUGCUGACUCAAGAUGCUAAAAACUAUCAUGCUUGGGAACAUAGACAAUGGGCCAUAAAGACGUUUAAACUCUGGGACGGAGAGCUGGACUAUUGUGAGCGCUUGUUGAUUGAUGAUGUUAGGAAUAAUUCGGCGUGGAAUCAACGUUUCUUUGUCAUCAACAGCACAACAAAGCUCACUGAUGAUGUAGUCAGAAGUGAAUUUGAGUACACUAAGCAGAAGAUCAAACUUGCCCCUAACAAUGAAAGUGCUUGGAACUAUCUCCGGGGUAUCUUCCUUGGUCGCACCAUGAGCACCUACCCCGGCCUGAGGGAGUUUUGUCAAGAGCUUUACGACCAACGCAUUCGCUCUCCUUACCUAUUGUCGCUGAUCAUUGACAUGAAUGAAGAAAUGAUCAAAGCAGGAUCAAGUGAUAAAGAAAAAUUAUUGGAAAAUGCAGUCGAGAUGUGUGGAUGCCUUGCCAAGGAUAUCGACUGCAUCAGGAAGGAGUACUGGAGUUAUAUCAGCCGAUCACUAUCACUGAAGUAUGGCACAACCGUAGCUGAUGACGCUGCUUCAUGAACUCUUUAAAAUAGAAUUCUAUGAAUCCUAUAGUAUCUGUCAAUUCCAAUGCAAAACUGUCAUCGAUAGUGUUUGCACUUCAUUGGAAAUAUUUGCCUUUGACAUGUGCUGAAUAUCUGUUAAGGUUUCCUGGCUGGGAAUUGAAAUCAAUAUCUCUAUGUGAACUUUGGGUAUUCCUGGUGAUAGUAGGAGUGAGUGGAGGGGGGUUGCUGUUGAUGUUGUAAUCAUGCCAUAUUUUGUAUCUAUUGUAGUCUUUCUUAUGUCAAGGAAGACUUUGUAUGAAUGUCCUCCUUUCAAAUAACAGCAGACGAUGCAUUUGA